AUGUCUUUCCAUGGCCAAUAUGUCGUCGAAAAAAUCCAGUAUCCGUCGCAUGGAGAGACUGUCAGUGGGAUCCUAUAUCGCCCCACCAAUGUCGCCAACCCACCCGGUAUCGUUAUCACCGGUCCAUACUCUUUUAUGAAAGAACAAGCACCGCUUCAAUAUGCAACUCGACUCGCAGACGAAGGUUACGCAGCCUUGAUCUUUGACCCUCGCACGGUCGGCGAAAGUACUGGCCAGCCCAGACGACUGGAAAAUCCUAAAAUGAAGAACGAGGAUAUGGUCGCUGGGCUUGAUUACCUCGCGGCACGCAGUGACGUCGAUGCAUCUCGGCUCUUCUUAGUCGGAAUCUGCCAGGGCGGGCCCGAGUCCCUGGAUGUUGCGUCCUAUGAUAGCAGGGUUGCAGGCGUGGCCUCUAUCUCGGGAUACUACCGGGACCACGAAACCGACAUCUACAUGAUCUGCGCUGGUUGUGUUGCGUGGGAGCCUGGAGCGGACAUCGCGGCAAUGAAAAUGCCCACCGCCGAGCAGGGAGAAGCCCUGUAUAAAGCACGCCUGGAGCGCGCUAAACGGGCCCGUGAAUUGUAUGACAAGACUGGGGAAGUGGUGUACCAGCCGCUCGUUGACCCGAAGGCCGCCGACCCUGAUACCGGGUCAUUGGCUGGCCUUCCUGGUCCAGUCGUUUGGUCCUGGUAUGGGCCAUGGACACUGAAGGGGUUUGAAAACCGAUACGCAGUGAUGAGCGAUCUAGACCAUUUUGGCUACACCACUGUCCCAGGGGUGGCGAAGCUAACCAAGCCGGCGUUGCUGAUCCACGGUGACAAUUGCAUGAAUGCAGCUGCCGCCAAGCGUCACUACGAGUCCAUUCCCACAACUCAGAAGAAAUUGAUUUGGAACAAUGAGGUCUCCCACUUCCAGCACUACGACCAGCCAGAUUGUGUUGAUCGCAACGUCGGAGAAAUUGCAGCGUGGUUUGCGGAGAUCAAAUAG